AGUGGUCCAAGAUGCGCAUCAGUUGCAGCUUCCGGGCAAGAGACACGGACGUUUCAACGGCCGGCCGGACGACCGAUGCAGUUCUAUCGCACGGCGCCGGAAGACCUUCUGCGUCUUCUGGAGCAGCAUGGAAAGGACGUAGUUGCAGUGCAGCGCGUCCUCGCCGAGCUGCACCGGUGCAUUCGGGACGACGCGACCAGCCGCGAGCGCAUGGCGCAGUGCCACGUGGUGAGUCGCCUCGCCGCCCACAUCGAGCUGCAUGCAACGCAGCCCGGGUUUCUCCUGCAGCUGAGUAUCUUGCUCGACGCACUCGUGAUAUACGACGAGCACUCGACCGCCGAGCUCCAGUCGGCCAUCGUGCGCCAUGGCUUGUGGCGCCUCGUGCUUCGUGGCAUGCAAGCCACUGCCGUCGACGACGAGCUUCAAGCUCAUGGCUGUGCACUCACAUCGACGCUGUGCUACGACUACCCGCGGGCACCCCACGAUGAAAACCAAGUGGAAAUGGUGCAAAGUGGCGCUCUCGAGGCCAUUCGAACACUGCUCGUUGCCGAGAGUACGCCUCUGGCAACGUAUCUCUGCGGCGUCAGAGCCAUCGGCGAUCUCUGCUACAAGAAUGGUACGUGGGGUCGUGACGUUCUCUUGAAACUCUUAUUGUGCACAGUGGCCAACACGGAAAUCGUCCUCAAAAUCAGCUUGUUUCCGCUGCUUUCGCACGGCCUCGACGAGCAUGCCAAGCACGCAGCUGUGCUGGAGGCCAUCGCUCGUGUGUUUUUUGUGUGUCUGGUUGCCCACCCUCAUCCAAGCAAGCGCGGGAUACUGCAGUGCAGCGUCCUCGAGCGCGCGCUGCACUGCCUGCACAGCCGCGACUUGCUCGUCUCGACCGCGUACAGCAUCCUGCGUCUUCUCGAAACGACGCUGCGCGACGACGAAGCGGCCAAAGAUUUGCUCACGCAACUCGAUGGGGCCAACGUCAUCAUCAACGCCGUCGAGCAGCUCAGCGACAAGUACCACGAUAGCAUUGGUCAUCUCGUGUUCUUAGCCGCCGCGAUCUUUUCGAGCAUGUCGCUGCACGUGCCAGCAGGCGGCCGGCCCGCGCCCCAGGCCACACGCAUCCAAGGUCUCAUGCAGCACGGGGCUCACACGUUUGCGGUCUCGUCGCUCACGAGUUUUCCUACAGAAACUUUUGUCUUGGAGCAGUGCCUCUGCCUCAUGGAGCGGCUCAUGAUCAGCAAUCACUAUCGGCUGAUGCUGGUGCGGGCGGGCGCGGUGCGCAACGUGCGCUACAUUUACAACACCAAACAGAAGCAGCACGAAGGGCUUCUUGAGCUCUGCGAGCGCGUCAUGAGCACGCUGGACAAGGAGACAUCGACCUGAUGGUUGCAACUUCAACGUGUAUUUUAAUGUACA